CAUCUCUAAGCGGCGGACAGCUGGGACUGUCUCUGAUUGGAAAGCAUGUCUUCAACAUUAAUAAAAUGUUUAAAUUUGGCCAAAACUGUGGGCACAGUAACGUUUAAAAGUUUGUUAACUACACCACAGAAGCAAUUAACAGCAUGGAGCCCUGCAGCAAAUGGCGGUUUACUCAAAUGCGGAAUGCACACAACGAGCCCCGUGCGACAGGAACGCCUAUUAGAGUUUUUUGACGAUCCUAAGCAUUGGAGCGAGAACGAAGUGAAAGUGGGACGCGCCUGGAAAACAGACGAGCUGCGCAUCAAGUCCAAUAAGGAGCUGCAUCAGCUGUGGUACAUUUUACUCAAGGAGCGCAACAUGCUGCUUACUAUGGAGCACGAAUGCAAUGAUAAAAUGGAAAUCUUUCCCAAUCCUGAACGCAUUGAUAAGGUGAAAAUCUCUAUGGACAAUCUAGAGACAGUUGUACGCGAGCGCAACAAGGCGUAUCAUCUGCUGGAGACUGGCGAGACAGGUGAACGUCCACAAAGGGCGGUGCACAACGCCUUCGGUUUGCGCUGCACAUACAAAUCGUGCGAACAUGCGCUGCCGCCCUUCAUGAACACCAAAUGGAUUAAAUCGCGUCAUUUGGGCUACGGCGGACGCGCUGUUCACAAAUUCCUGCUGCAGUAUCGCGAGAAGCUUUAUAAUGCCAAACGCAAAGCCAAAAAUCGCUCACGCAAUGAGGUCAUGAUGAUACUAAGACGCAAUCCCAACUUUGACUUGGAGUUGUUAAAACGUAAAUACUCCGACGUGGACAUUGAGAAACUGCGCAGGAGCGAUAAGGCGCGUGGACAUUUUGUGCCCAAGGUGGAUGCUUAAGAAAUGUUUUGCAUAUAUUAAAAUAAACAUAACCCAAACGUGAUCAAUCAUCGAA